AUGAAGUCUUUGCUUCUAACGGUGAUCAUCCUGCAUCUUCUGUUUUCCCGGGCUACAGGUGGGAAAAUUCAGAAUAUGAAGAAGCACCCAGGCUACAUCCUCACUCAAUCUGGGGACAACGUGAACAUCAACUGCCCCAAUGAUUUUCCCCGGUCUCCAUUCACUCUGCUCUGGACCUUAGACUGUGAUGAUUCAACACUUCUCCAGGAUCACCCGUUGUACAAGGGCAGAGUGAUUUUCAGUUCGGGAAAACAUCAAAUGACCAUUCAAAACGUGACAGAGCAAGAUUCGAGAAUGUACUGCUGCCAUUUGAAGGCGGCUGACGGUAAAAUACAAGCUGGAAGAAGGAUAAGGUUGCAAGUGACAAAUAAGUUAGAAGAUUCCUUAGGUCAUCAGGAAACAGGACAUGAAAAGUAUAUUCUCUACACCGUCAUAGGGGCAGAAGCAUUUGUUAUAAUAAUCCUGAUUGCUGUGGUUAUUAAGUGGCGCCCCCGAGGUUUAUCAAGAACUGAAGAUCAGGGUCUGCAGUCGCAUCCUUCCGAGCUACAGUAUGCCGACAUCUGCAAGAACAGUUCUCAUCAGCAAUCAGGACCGAGAAUCAAUGUGCAGGAAGUCACCUACUCCGCCGUCAAGUUUAAUAAACAAGAAACAGGAAUAUGA